CAAAAUGACACCAACCUCCAUGAUGUCAGGUACAUUCUGAUUGGUAUCCCAGGAAUGGAAGACUCCCAUACCUGGAUCUCCAUUCCCAUUUGUUUGAUGUACUUUAUAGCUAUUAUUGGCAACAGCUUCUUAAUCUUCCUGAUCACCACCGAGCGCAGCCUUCACGAGCCCAUGUACUUAUUUCUCUCUAUGCUAGCCCUAGCAGAUAUCCUGCUCUCCACAACCACAGCACCCAAAAUGCUGGCCAUUUUCUGGUUCCAUUCUGGAGCUAUCUCCUUUGGCAAUUGUGUGACCCAAAUGUUUUUCAUUCACUGCAUCUUUGCAGCAGAAUCAGCCAUUCUAUUGGCCAUGGCAUUUGAUCGCUAUGUGGCUAUCUGCUACCCACUGAGAUAUACCACCAUCCUGACACCAUCAGUCAUUGUGAAGAUUGGGAUGGCAGCUGUGAUUAGGGGGUUUCUUAUCUGUUUUCCCUUCAUCUUUCUGGUGUACCGGCUCACUUAUUGUGGACAAAACAUCAUUCGUCACUCCUAUUGUGAACACAUGGGCAUUGCUCGUUUGGCCUGUGACAAUAUCAAGGUCAAUAUCAUCUAUGGCCUGACUAUGGCCCUCUUGUCCACAGGUCUAGAUGUCCUGCUCAUCAUUAUUUCCUAUUCGUUGAUCCUCCAUGCUGUCUUCAACAUUCCUUCCUGGUCUGCCAGAAUCAAGGCUCUUAACACCUGUGGCUCUCAUAUUUGUGUGAUCCUCAUGUUCUACACUCCAGCCUUCUUUUCUUUCUUUGCUCACCGCUUUGGAGGCCACACCAUUCCCCGGCAUAUCCAUAUCCUAGUGGCCAACCUUUAUGUAGUUGUGCCUCCCAUGCUCAACCCCAUCAUUUAUGGAGUAAAGACAAAACAGAUUCAGGACAAGGCAGUUCAGGUCUUCUCCUCUAUUAGAACAUGUUGCUAA